AUGUCGAAUCGCUACGCAGCACCCCCGGGCCGCGGCGCCCCCGGAUACGGCAACUUUGGCAGGUCCGAAGAGGAAUAUGAUGCGUACGGUGACGACCCACGAAAUAACAAGAGCCGAGGCGAGCGGUACGGUUCACCGUCGCAGGGUCCCCCUCCACCGCGCGGCGAGCGGGCCCCCAGCAACGGCGGCGGCCCCCCGCCCGCAGUGCGCAGCAUGCCUUCGCGGACCCGAAUGACGGCGUCGACGGCCGACCGGCAAAUCACGCAGGUGUUGGAGCAUAUCCGGGUCGAGUGGCCGUCGCUGUGCAGCGAGGACUGCAUCCCCGUGCAGCUGGCGCUGCAGCUGCUCGACGGGAGCUCCGUGGGCCGCGCGCACGACUACCGCAAGUUCCAGGAGACGCACGCGUACGUGCAGGACGCGCUCAAGAACACGGUGCACGAGCACCACCAAGGCUUUAACUCGUCCAUUGGCACCUUCCACAAGAUCCAGAGCAGCAUCCAGGGCUCGCAGCGCCGCGUGCGCGCCCUCAAGGAGUCGCUCGCCAGCGCCACCACGAGCCUCUGCUCCACCGACCCUGAGCUUAAGAAGCUGUCCGAGACGUCCGAGGCGUACGACGACUUGCUGCAGACGCUGAAUGAGCUUGAUGAGCUGCGUGCCGUCCCGGACCAGCUCGAGGCGCGCAUCUCAGAGAAACGGUUCCUGACAGCGGUGGGCAUGCUGCAGAAUGCGCUGAGGAAGCUUCGGCGGCCAGAACUUGAUGGCAUCGGCGCGCUCAGCGACUUGCGCAGCUACCUGGUGAAUCAGGAGACGGCGCUCAUGGAUAUCCUGGUGGAGGAACUGCAUGAGCACCUCUACCUCAAGUCACCCUAUUGCCAAGAGCGCUGGCAGAGUCUGUACAAAACCCAGGGCGCGUUUUCGGAUGAGUUUACAGACACAAGUUCGAUUACGCCAUUCCACGCCAUCUUGGAAAGCAUGGAUAUUGAAAUGGCGGUGACGGAAGAUCCGAUGAAGAACCCGGAGGCCGACACUUUUAAUUAUAUUGCUUUGCUGGUCGAGGCGCUGAACAAGCUUGGCAGACUGCAAAGCGCCGUCGACACACUGAAGCAGCGAAUGCCUGUUGAGCUAUUCGCUAUUGCCAACGAGACGAAUAAUGAAGUUGAUCAGCGUCACCCCAGCUCGCUGCGAGGAGGAACAACAAAGUCCGAGGGUCUCAACAUUUACAGCUCGCGAGAGACUCAAAUGCGCGCUGAAGUCAUUCAUGACCUACUUUGGAGCCUUUACGGUAAAUUCGAGGCUAUUGGUGAAGGCCACCGCGUGUUCCACGAAUCCAUCAAGGCAUUGAUUCGGCGCGAAGGUGCAGGCAACAACAGCGCGCUACUAGGUAGCUUCAAAGAGCUCUGGAACCUGUAUCAAAACGAGAUUCGAUCGCUGUUGCGCAAUUACGUCACGACCGAUGCAGACGUGUUCCAGUUUGACACGCCGAACCCUGGGGGCUCUCUUCAGGACAAAAAGGACGCGGCGCGCGAACACUUGUUCAAAUUCGCCGGGAUUGAUGCCAAGUCGGUCGACAUUAGCACAGAGUACGACGCGUUGGAAGGCAUUGUGCAGGCCACUGUGCCUGGCCUGACGGGCAAUGACCGUAAGCAAGGUGCCGAUAAACGGCGGGAUAGACUAACUCUGGAUGAUGGAGGCACACGCCGACACACCUUCGGCGGUUACUCGGGCGAAAGCAAACUAAUGGGCACUCACAAGCCUUUGGUUGAGCCGAGCGUGUUCAAUAUGAGUCUACUUCUACCGCCAACGCUCAUCUUCUUACAGCGUCUCCGUACGAUUGUACCGCCGGGGUCUGACCUCGCGACGAGUACCCUGACAACAUUCCUGGAUAACUUCUUGGUGAAUGUUUUUCAACCACAGCUGGACGAGACGCUUACGAAGCUGAGCGACAGCAUCCUGGCAGAGCUAGAUUCGUUUGCGCAGGACGCCAACUGGUCCCAACACUCUAAACUACCUAUAUUCAAGGGUACUGCGGCAUUCUUCCAAAUUGUCACGGCGUUUUGCAGGAUGCUUGGCACGAUUCCGCCUGACCAGGCCCUCAGCUCGCUGCUGGUGACACAGAUGAUGCGAUACUAUGAGCGGUGCUUUGACUGGUACAAGCUGCUCGUGACCAAGACGCAGGAGCAAACCAAGGACGCCAACAACCUCCGUGCGUCGGCGCGAUUCGCUGUGCAGCCUGGUGAGAUUCACGAGGUGAUGAAGCAGAUGUGGUUGUCGGACGAGGAGGAUAAGGCGCUGAGCGAGAAGGAGAUCCACCUUUUGAUUGAGCACACCAACGAGUCGCGGCUGGAGCCGAAUGACAUCAUCCAGGAUAGAGAAACGAUUACUUCGCUGUGCCUGCUGUAUACGAGCAUGAAGUGGCUGGCGACGAGAAUUACGGGGCUGCGACAUAUCACUGCACAUGAGAUGGAUUCGUCGCGGCAAAGUAUGACGCGACAGGCAAACAGACGCUGGACGUUGAUGAACGAGCCCAGCAAGUCGACGAAUGAGACUGCUCCUGUUGUGCUACCACUCACUGUGGACACUGUACAGACCUUUGACAAUCUGGUAUCCUCGUACGAAGAACUCGCAGGCACGGCGCUGCUGACGCUGCACAUGGAGGUGCGGUGUCGCAUCGUGCACUCGCUGCGCAACACGCUCUCGCCAGAUGUGGCGCCAUACCUCCUCGAACAAGAGGUGCGGGAGCCGGACCCGGCGAUUCUCAGCCUGAACCUGGAGCUGGUGCUGUUUGACGAGACGGUGGCGCGGUACCUGCGCGCGCGCGAGGUGUCGUUUAUCCGGACGGGCCUGAGCCUGCUCAUCAGCUCGUACCUGGUGGGCAACGCGGGCAUGGCGUCGCCGAUUAACGCGCGCGGCAGCGGCCGCAUGCGGCUCAACAUUCUGGUGCUGCAGCAGAAUCUCAAAAACGUCGAGCAGGGCGUGGACUUGGCGCGCGCGGCCAACUAUUACGCGCUGCUGGACCGCGGCGCCGACGCGGUGGUGGCGAAAGCGGAAGAGGACCGGGAUAAGAAGAUGGGCGAGGAGGCGGGUGCGACGCAGGCGAGCAAUACGUUUACGUAUGAGGAGUUGAAGGUGCUCUUGGAGCUGUGUAUGAGUGAACAAAUGGCGAGUCCGGAUCGGGGUCUGGCGGCGGCAGCAAAGAGGCUGUUGGCGGAGAAGUUGCAGGAGUUUAGCGAGAAGGCGUGA